AUGCGAGGUGAGUGGAAUGGAUUAAAAGCUUUGGUUUCAAAUGAUUGUCCAUAUGCUUACUACAUUCAUUGUUUUGCACAUCAUUUGCAAUUAGCAUUAGUAGCAGCAUCAAAAGAAGUUAUUCUUGUUCAAAGUUUUUUUAAUAGAUUAUCAUCUAUUGUCAAUGUUGUUGGUGCUUCGUGUAAGCGUACUGAGCAACUAAAAAAAGCUUAUGCUGAUCAAAUUGCAUAUUUUGUUGAAAUUGGUGAGCUUGAAACUGGAAGAGGACUUAAUCAAAUUAGCACAUUACAACGGGCUGGAGAUACUCGUUGGGGUUCUCACUUGAGAUCGAUUUCUAGCUUGGUAAAUAUAUUUAGUCCAACAUGUGAAAUUUUACUUAAGAUCAUCAAGGAAGGAAAUACUACUUCCCAACGAGAAGCAGCAUACUCAUGUUAUCAUGCUAUGAUUUCUUUUGAAUUUGUGUUCAUUUUGCAUCUCAUGAAAGAAAUUAUGAAGAUCACUGAUGCACUUUGUCAAGCUUUGCAGUGUCAGUCUCAAGACAUUUUAAAUGUGAUGAAUUUUGUUUUAUCCACUAAAGCACUUAUUCAAAAAUUCAGAGAUGAAGAGUGGGAUAAUUUACUUACCACUGUGAAAUCAUUUUGUGAGGCACGUGACAUAGAUGUCCCAGAUAUGAAUGCUCGUUAUGUUGAGAGAGGAGGUCUAGCUCGUUAUCAACAAGAUGACUUCACAAUUGAGCAUCAUUAUCGGGUAGAUAUUUUUUAUGCUGCAAUAGAUUCUAUACUACAAGAAUUAAAUCAUCGGUUUAGUAAGCAUGCGGUGGAAUUGCUUAAUCUUAGUUCAGCUCUUGAUCCUAAAGAGGCACGUGAGUCCUUUAGAAGUAUAGACAUUUUGUUGUUAGUAAGCAAGUUUUAUCCGAAAGACUUCACAAAUCAAGAAAUGACACUUUUAAAGGCAGAAGUUGAUCAUUAUGAGCACAAUGUAGUUCGGCAUCCAGACUUCAAGAAGCUGUCAAGUAUUUCUGAGUUGUGCCAAUGGUUGGUAAAAACCCAAAAAUCAUUAUUUUACCCAUAUAUUUAUAGAUUGAUUACACUUGUGCUUACUCUUCCAGUUUCUACUGCAACUACAGAGCGAGCAUUUUCAGCCAUGAAUAUUAUCAAGAAUAGGCUUCGCAACAAGAUGGAAGAUGAUUUUCUAAUGGACUCUAUGAUUUUGUACAUUGAGAAGGAGAUUGCUACAAAAUUUGGUACGAAAUCAAUUAUAGACGACUUUCGAGACUUAAAAGAGCGUCGAGUUCCAUUUUGA